AUGAAACCAAGCGAAAAUUUUCACCGUCUUCCUAAGUUAGAAUUGAAACUUUUUGAUGGUAAUAUUAAAAAUUGGCUAGGAUUCUGGGGACAAUUUAAAAAGAUUCAUGAUGAUGAUAGCAUUGAUGCAGAUGAUAAAUUUCAGUAUCUUUUACAAGCAACUGAAGAAGGUUCAUCGGCUAGAGAUUUAGUUGCAAGUUUUCCACCAUUUGGCGAAAACUAUUAUAAUGCUAUAGAACAGCUGAAAUCUCGUUUUGGUAAAGAUGAACUAUUAAUUCAAAUUUAUGUUCGUGAACUUUUAAAUGUAGUUUUAACGCAAGCGAAAAGUGGCGAAAAUUUUACUUUGCGGAUUCUUUAUGAUAAAUUGGAGACUCAGCUGCGAGCAUUAGAGACUUCAGGGGUAACGUCUGAAAAAUAUGAAGCAAUGUUAUAUCCUUUAGUAGAAUCAGCUCUGCUAGAAGCUCUUAUCAAGGAGUGGGAACGCACACGCUGCCGAGAUGUCAUUGGAGGCGAAAAGGGAAACAUUGAAGAAAAGGGGAGCUUGUUUCGUCUGUUUGAAACCAGGACACAAUUCUAA